UUAAAUUAGAUGUCAAUAUUUCACAGAAUAAUGGUUUAUAAAUCCUUGCACAGUCUGUCCUUGAGGCCACAAGUUCCUGUUUGUUCAUAAAUCACUUGUUAACUUGCAGGAUCAAAGGUCUUUUAUGAGAUAUCGCUGGACUUUGCUCAGGCACUCAGUCAGUCAGUCAGAGAGGCAGGCAGACUGUGUGCCACCAGGUUGACACCUCCAGCACACCUCCACGCUAAAAACCUCAGAACAAAGCCAAAAACCAUGGAACACAUCUAUGAUACUGUAGAUGAUAAAACCGAGGAGCCCCGCGACAGAACUGAAAGUCCAAUCCAGGAGCCCAAAUAUGAGGAUUCAGGUGAUGAGAAGGAGCAGCUGUACAGCAAGGUGCAGGUCCACGCUUCUCCAGAGAGACAGAGGUCUUCACCAGAUUACAUGGUCACCAAAAAGAAGAACAGCAGCAGCAGAAGCAGCAGCAGCUCAUCCUCCUCAUCCAGCGAUGAAGAAGAUAAAGCUCUAGAUGUUCCGGAGGGGAGAGCAGAAGAACAGGUGAAAGUUGAGCUGAUACAGGGGGUGAAUGGCGAAGUGCCUGGAUCACCUGGGUCCAGGCGCUCAUCCACCUCCUCGGAAUCCUCUGCUUCCCCUGUAGACCCGUGUGACGACCUGCCGAUUCACAUCGAGGAAGACAAUGCGGAAGAUGGGAUGCUUAUGGCGUACUCUCACCCUACCUCCAAGCCGGAGGAGUCUAUGGACUACAGUCUGAAGACUCUGGAGAACGUGACUCUGGAUAAGAGCAGCGCCGCACCGGCAGACCCCAGUCAGCCCGAAAUCUCUCUGUAUGUCAAGGCAGGCAGUGAUGGAGAAAGCAUCGGUAACUGUCCCUUCUCUCAGCGUCUCUUCAUGAUCUUGUGGUUGAAAGGCGUCGUGUUCAACGUCACCACGGUCGACCUCAAGAGGAAGCCGGCGGACCUGAAUAACCUCGCGCCAGGGACGCACCCUCCAUUCCUGACCUUCAACGGAGAGGUCAAGACCGACGUCAACAAAAUCGAAGAGUUUCUUGAAGAAGCUCUCUGUCCUCCAAAGUAUCCCAAACUGGCUGCCAAGCAGAGAGAGUCCAACACAGCUGGAAACGACAUCUUUGCCAAGUUCUCGGCUUACAUCAAGAACACCAAACCGGAGGCCAACGCUGUUCUGGAGAAAGGUCUGACCAGGGCCCUGAGGAAGCUGGAUGACUAUCUGAGCAGUCCCCUGCCGGAUGAAAUCGAUGCAGACAGCAUGGAGGAGGAAAAAAGUUCCAGCCGAAGCCUCCUGGACGGGAACGAGCUCACUCUUGCAGACUGUAACCUGCUGCCUAAACUACACAUAGUCAAGGUUGUCGCGAAGAAGUACCGCAAUUACGACAUUCCUUCUGAAAUGAUGGGGGUGUGGAGAUACCUGAAGAACGCCGAAACACGUGAGGAGUUCACCAACACCCGCGCUACUGAGUCUGAGAUCGAGAGCGCAUACAAAGAUGUGGCGAGGAGGCUGGCCAAGUAACUCUUCAAAAUAAACCAGCAAUAAUCACAUUUGCAAAAUCGCCCAUUUCACAAAACCACACGUGACUUGUCCUCUUGAAGUAUUAUCAGUGACAUAUUUAAGAACCUCAUACUAAACAGUGAGGUCAAAGGUUGGAGUUCCUUCAGCGUUUUUGGGUGCCGCGUAUCAUUGCGUCAGUAUAUGUGAUGGUUUUCAGACAGAGCAAUAGAGGAUCCGUCUCCCAAACAGACGUGCAGCACAUGUGCUUCAAUUCACAUUUCAGCCCAGAUUUUAAGUUUUAAGCAGGCAUGUGGUGGGAAUUCUAAUCUAACGCUGUCACUCAGACUUGAUUGUAUCUGUCUGUAUUUAUUUCUAAUAACACAAAGCUCUCUUUCAUCCGUACUCUACCAGUCCACACAGCCAAACAUUUUACUCGUGGCUGAUGUUCGGCCCGUUCACUUUAUUUAUUCCAAAGCUGACAGAUGUCGAGCCCAGCUCCAGUGUUUAUUAUCAUGUUCUGGCUGCUGGGCAGACACUUUAAUUCAUGUAUGACUGACGAUCAAAGCUAAUUCUUUCUGCUGCAGUCUCAAGAUACUGUUUGGCUGCGUUCACAUUGCCACCUGAAGUGAACUCAACAUUGACUUUUUUUUCUUACCCCAGCUGGAUGGUUUUUAUUCAUAUUUUAAAAUGAUCGGAAUCUGAUCUGACUGUUUUUAAAGCAGUGACAUUGCCAGGGAUUAAAUACAAAUCAGAUUUGGACCACAUUGGCUACGUCCACAUGAAAACACACACUUCUUUUAUUUUAAUGUUGUGUGAAAAGUUAAAAUCAGAUUUGGGUCACUCGCAUAUCUGAAGCAGAUGUGAUCAUAUCUGAUUUCUGACUAUAUGACUUAUGUGAUGAUGGACAGAUCGGGUAAAAUCACAAUACUGCUAAAUAACUUGGACCCUGCCACCCCCCGGAGAUAUUUUUCCGGGCAGCUCUCUUUCAUUUAGGUGUAUCUGAUCUCAUCAGUACUUGCACAUUCACAUCAUUCAGAAAAGAUCAGAUCUGUGUCACAUGCAUGGAAAAGGCCAGCUGAAGGUCACUUCAGCUGGUAAUGUGAACAUAAUCUUCUAUAAAAGUGUGCACUCCAGAAACAAAAAAGAAUAAAAAUAAAUCUGAUUUGUGCCACUUCAGUUGGUAAUGUGAACAACUACAAUUACCACAAAUGUAAUGUGUGUGGCAAAAAAAGAAAGAUGCACACA